AAGUGUCUCUUUGGAUUGAUAUUCUCACGAGAAUGCGCUCUGGAUCGCGUUAUUAUGCCGCUUCAUACAAGUCUACCUGUUUCUUAAUCUCUCUGAUAUGCUGCACAUGCCUGGCAACCACCACCACGGCUAAGGACACUCCUUAUCUUCCUCAGAGCUUCACGUUUAGUUGGACACCCCCAGGACAGUCGCCUCCAAUACCUACUACGGUGCAAUGCGACACACUGCAUAUUACAUGGAGAAGACAGGGAUCAGAGCCGGGCCCAAACCCCGUUGCUCCAUAUUUUCUUCAUGUGUUCACAUCAACAUUCAUCGUGCCUUUUGUCAUCCCAGCCGAAAGCGGCCUGACCUACGACUGGCCGGUACCCUUUAUACCAGGCACGCAGUAUCAAGUCUGCAUGUUUGAUUCCGCCAACAACACAGGCGGCUGUCAAGAUAUCUACACUGUGUACCCUGCUGCAAACUCGACUGUCAACGAUCCACCAGCGUGCAGGAACUUGUCGUACCCUCACCCUAACCAAGUCUUAGGGGUGACAGCAUCUACUUCACCAGGUGGUUUCAGCCAAUUCGGCUGGAUAGACCAGUGUACCGAUAUUUCUGUCCAACCGAUAAAUGGGACACCGCCAUACACGCUCACUAUUGCGCCUACACUCCGACCGCCGUACGUCAUCACUUCAGACACCAUGGAUCCCAUAAACUGGACGGUAUCCCUAUCAUGGGGAAGCUCGUUCUUCAUCUCCUUGACUGAUUCGUCAGGCAUGCUCUGGGCCCAAGGUCCACUGCACAGCGGGUUAGGAACGAGCACUGCUUGCCUUGACACAGACGGGCAAGUCCCUCUACUUAUGUCGCUCUCGACAACGACUGAUCGAGAGCUUAACAGGUCAGAAACGCUUGACAUCAAGCCGUGGGUUGCUGCAGCAUCGAGCGUAGGCAGCAUCCUCCUCGGGAUCCUUGUCGGCCUCCUUGGCGCGUUCUUCUUCAUGCGGUGCCAGGCACGACGUGCGCAGUGUAAGGGACAGGCUCUGCGCGAAGAGCAAUCGACAGGCAAAGAACAUUCCGAGCCUUUGCCGCAGGGGCCACUCGGGAGGGGUGUACUUGACCAGAAUGAACCAUCCGUGGUGGUAUUAGGUUCAGAGCUAGGUGGAAGCACGGUCGAGUCUGUCGGAUAUAUAACCACGUCGAAGAACCAGAUUGCGUCGGACACGACAACCCGUGUCGCUGCAAAGGCGGAGGGCGUACACGUCUCGAGCGACUCGGUCGAGGUCGCACCACGGCGCAGCCUCUCGCACCGCAUGCGCAUUGCGCCAGCAGACCAGUACGGUGCGUACCCAGACAGCCAGGUGAUCAACAUCGGCCCCGCGCAGGAGCUAGACCUCCCGCCGAGGUACAAGUCGCCGCUAGACAGCAGCUUCUCGUUCGGUGCGAGCCCGCGAAGUAUGCGCAAAGUGCGCCCGCUACCCACACCGCCAGUACAGGCACUUAACGAUGGAGAUAGGGAAUAAGUCA